AUGUACAAUCAAAUAUUAUUAAUUAGCCUUAAAAUAAAUUUACCAUUAAAAUUAAUGUUAAUAUUUAAAGUCAUUUGUAGUUUAAUGACAUAUGAUAUAGUAAAUGGGUUGAAUGAGAACACAACACAUCGAUAUAUACUUGUUGAUCUAUUUGGUCUUCCUGGACAAGGAUAUUAUAUGACAGUGUUUACUGGAACACCUGGUCAGAAAAUGAAUUUACUCAUUGAUACUGGUAGCAGUAAUAUAGCUAUUUCUGGUAGAAAUCUAACAAAUGUUGACAGUUGGUUUAAACUCAAUCAGUCAUCUACAUUACAGUGCAGUAACUCGGUUCAAAAAGUCCGUUAUGAACUCGGCUUCUGGUAUGGAAUCUACUGUCAAGAUGAUUUUGACUUUGAAAAUGCUCAAAAUACAAUCAAUCUUGAUGCUACUAUCAAUAGUUAUCAAAUAUCUUUACCAUUUGGAUUAAUUUUCAACUCAACCAGAUUAUUUCUAAGGCAUAACCAUUCUUCAUGGUAUGGAAUUAUCGGAUUAGCGUUUACUUCACUCUAUGUUAAACCCAACAAGAUAUUUAGCAAUAGAAAUACAAAAUAUGCAGUGAAGAAUUCCCAAGUUAAAUCAACUAAUCAAGCGUUGCUUAAACCAUAG